CUAUUUUUCUGUGUUCUAAUUUUGGCUGCAAAUAUUUUCCACCUUCAUUUAUUUUUCCCCAACCUAAUUUUAAUUUCCUCCUCAGAUUUUUUUGCUGGGCAAUUAGAAUCUCUCUCUCCUUCCCCACUUUCAAUUUUCCCAUUAUUAUUAUACGUAAUCCUAAUCUGCAUGCAAGUAUUUGUGAGUAUCUGGAGCUAGAUGUCACAUGUUUUGCAAACGCUUCCACGCUUGUGAGAAAAUUAUGGGGAAGGAACAGAGUGUGUGAAUGUCCUCUGGCUUUAACAAUAGUCAGGAAUUGACUUUUCCGUGUUUUUCCUUGCUUUUCGUUUUCUCUCGUCAGAAUUUUCUUCAUCCGACCGCCUACUAUCUUUGAUGAUUGAGGUCCUUGCUUUCAAAAGUGGUUAGACACCUCUAGAGCUCCUGACUGAUCCUUACAAUGGAGGAUGUUGAAGACAAGAUACCCCCUUUAUCCUCUUCAAAAAUUACUGAAGAGAUACCACUUGCCGAACAUGUUGGAGACAAGCUACCGUCUGAGUCUUCUCCAAAAAUUGCUAAAGAGACUUCACUGCUGCCAGAACUUGUUGGAAACAAGAGACCAUCUGAGUCUUCUCCAAAAAAUGCCGAAGAGAUACUCCUGGCAGAGCUUGUUGGAGACAAGCUACCAUUGGAAACUUCCCCAAACAUUGCUGAAGAGACACCACUGGUAGAACAUGUUGGAGACAACCAACCGUCUGCAUCCUCUUCCAAAAUUAAGGAGACACCACCUGCUGAGGGUGUGACAGAGAACUCUGAAUCCUCUUCUAAAGUCGCAGAAGAGGCGACACUGGCAGAACAUGUUGUCAACAAGCUACCCUCUGAAUCCACUACAAAAGUUGCUGAAGAGAUGACACUGGUAGAACACCCUGAAGAAAACGCCGAAGUGAUGAAACUGCCCAACAAUCAAUCUUCCACCGAAGCUCCAACUGUCCCACUGGUAGAACACCCUGAAGAAAUACUUUUUCCAAAUUCUAAUGAUUGUCAAACUGUAUUGCAAGAGGAGUGUGUUUCUUUAGUUAAUCCAGUUGCAAACCCAGAUGCUGCAUUUGAUGUAACAGAAAAAAGGCAGCAGGUCACUUCAGUUGAAGAUUCAAAACCAGGUGCUCUAGAAAAUGUCUCUGACGGGUAUGAAUUGCUGGAUAAUGUUUCUAAUAUCACUGCUGACAGUGAUGUUGAUGAUGAGAUUAGGCGAUCAGCUUAUUCUGAAACAAAAGAUUUGCAAAAUGAUCACAAUGAACUUUUGAUGACCAUGGCAACGGUUAGCUCACUUCCCCAUGGCAAGAUGUCUGAUGAGAAAAAAAACAUUAUCGAUACCAGAGCUCCUAUUAAAUCUGUCAAGCAAGCUGUUUCCAAGUUUGGAGGAAUUGUGGAUUGGAAGGCUCAUAGAAUCCAGACUGUGGAGAGACGAGAUCUUGUAGAACAUGAGCUUGAAAAGGCACAAGAGGAGAUCCCGGAGUACAGAAAACAAGCAGAGGAUGCUGAACAGGAAAAAGGCCAAAUGCUAAAGGAGUUAGACAGCACAAAGAGAUUAAUAGAAGAAUUAAAACUUAACCUAGAGAGAGCAGAAACAGAAGAGCGUCAAGCAAGACAGGACUCAGAACUUGCAAAGCUCAGAGUGGAAGAGAUGGAGCAGGGUAUUGCAGACGAAUCUAGUGUUGCAGCCAAGGCACAACGUGAGGUUGCCAAAGCAAGGUAUGCAGCUGCUGUUUCAGAUUUAAAAAUCGUGAAAGAGGAGCUGGAAACAUGGCGCAAAAAUUUUGCUAUAUUAGCGACUGAAAGAGAAUUAGCUAUUAAGAAAGCUGAAGAGGCCGUUGCUGAAUCAAAGGAAGUAGAGAAGUCUGUAGAGGAUUUAACUAUUGAGCUAAUUGCUGCAAAAGAAUCAUUGGAGACUGCCCACGGUGCACACUUGGAAGCGGAGGAACAAAGAAUAGGAACAGUCAUGGCAAAAGAUCAAGAUUCCCUUGAUUGGGAGAAGGAACUUAAAGAGACAGAAGAAGAGCUCCAGAGACUCAACCAGCAAAUUUUGUCUGCAAAGGAACUCAAAUCUAAAUUGGAAACAGCCUCUACUUUGCUGAUUGACUUGAAAGCUGAAUUAUCUUCUUAUAUGGAAUCAAAGUUAAAGCAGGAAGGUGACGAAGAAGGAAACUCAAAAGGAGGCCCAGAAGAACCAGAGAAAAAGACCCACACUGACAUACAAACAGCAGUUGCAUCAGCCAAAAAGGAACUUGAGGAAGUAAAUCUUAACAUAGAGAAAGCAACCGCAGAGGUUAGUUGCUUAAAGGUAGCGGCUACAUCAUUAAAAUCAGAACUUGAACAGGAAAAAGCAACUCUUGCCGCCAUCAGGCAAAGGGAGGGAAUGGCCUCCAUUGCGGUUGCAUCUCUGGAAGCUGAAUUGGAAAAGACUAGAUCAGAAAUUGCUUUGGUUCAGAUGAAGGAGAAAGAAGCUAAAGAGAAAAUGGCCGAGCUUCCCAAGAAGCUACAACUUGCGGCUGAAGAGACUAGUCAAGCCAACUUGCUUGCUCAGGCAGCUCGUGAAGAGCUACAAAAAGUAAAGGCAGAAGCAGAGCAAGCCAAGGCUGGAGUAAGUACCAUGGAAAGUAGAUUACUUGCAGCUCAGAAGGAGAUAGAGGCUGCAAGGGCGUCUGAACAUUUGGCAAUAGCGGCUAUUAAAGCAUUGCAAGAGAGUGAAUCAACUAGAAUCAAGAAUGCAAUAGACCCAUCCAAAGGGGUAACACUCUCUUUGGAAGAGUACUAUGAGCUAAGCAAACGAGCACAUGAGGCAGAAGAGCGGGCCAAUAUGAGGGUUGCAACUGCUAAUUCCGAAAUUGAUAAAGCUAAGGAGUCUGAAUUGAAAGCCUUUGAAAAGUUGGACGAAGUGAACAGAGAGAUAGCUGCUAGAAGGGAAUCUUUGAAAUUGGCAAUGGAAAAGGCUGAGCAGGCUAAGGAAGGUAAAUUGGGCGUAGAGCAAGAAUUAAGAAAGUGGAGAUCUGAAAGUGAACUACGAAGAAAGGGGGGAGACUCUGGCCAAGGAGCGGUAAACCAGAGUAAAAGUCCUAGGGGUAGUUUUGAGGGGAGUCAUGAAGCAAAUAAUUUUGAGCGCACUGGUUCUGCAGCUAAUGCUGCACAUCAUGUGCCAAGUCCAAAGACUAAUGUACAUCCAGACAUUGAUGAAAGUGAAUCAUCUCCAGAAACAAAACAAGGGAAAAAGAAGAAAAGGUCACUUUUCCCGAGGGUUUUGAUGUUCUUUGCUAGAAGAAAAACACAUUCAACCAAGUGAGGGUAAUCCCAAAUUGUACUGCAGAUAACUUAGCAGCCACCCGUUUUGGAUAUCUCAAAGUGACUUGAAAUGUUGGAAUCUUCAACUGCAUCGACCUGUAAAUGUUGGCAAUUGUUGUGCUGUGUAUUUGAUUGUAUUCUCUCUCACUGAAGGGUUGGUAUGUGGUCGCCUGCUGAGUGUUUUACGUGGAGAUAAAAAUAAAUUCAUCUUUAGUGUGAAAGAGAAAGUUAGAUGAUUCUGUAUUGUGUAUAGGCUUCUGAUAUAUUGAACCUCAGGCUUUUGUAAAGAUUUGUUUGAGAUUUUACAAAAUGAAAGAAAAAGGUUUCCGAGUCGA